CAACACAGUUCCCUUAUGUAAUUUUAGAAUUCUAGUUUAAUCCAAUUUAUGUAAGUUUAACUCAAAAUGUCCUCAAGGCAACGUACUGGUGGGAGCAACAUGUCACCAGGUAACCAUGUGCAGUUGCAGUAUGAAUAUAAUACUGAUGAUGAUACAGUAACUUAUGAAGACAAGAAACCACCUUAUAACAGUAGAGGAUGGUGGUAUGAAGACAGAUCCAGCGUUUUACUCCUCCUUUUCCUAUAUGUACUUCAAGGUCUUCCACUUGGACUUGCUGGCAGCAUUCCAAUGAUAUUAGCGGGUAAAAACGUUGACUAUCAUCAGCAAGCAUUAUUCAGUUUUGUGUUUUGGCCAUUUAGUAUCAAGUUGUUGUGGGCGCCAAUCGUCGAUGGAGCCUAUGUUAGAAGAUUUGGAAGAAGAAAAACUUGGCUUGUUCCAACACAAUAUGCAAUUGGGAUUGUUAUGUAUAUUCUAUCUUUAAACAUGGACAAAGUUUUAGAAACUAAAAAUCCAAAUAUUUGGGCCUUGACAAUUUCAUUCUUCAUUUUAAAUUUUUGUGCUGCAACACAAGAUAUUGCGGUUGAUGGAUGGGCUCUAACAAUGCUGUCUAAAAAGAAUGUUGGACUUGCGUCAACUUGUAACUCCGUGGGCCAGACUGCUGGAUAUUUUUUGGGAUAUGUUGUAUACAUGGCUUUGGAAUCAAAAGAUUUUUGCAACAAGUUUUUAAGAAGUGUACCAGAAGAAACUGGAAUUAUAACUUUAUCAGGUUUUAUGUGUUUCUGGUCGAUAGUUUUCAUCUUUUCUACAACAUUUGUGAUGAUUUUUAAAAAUGAAAAAUCAGAAGAAGAAAAAUCUUUACAUCAUGAUGAAGAUCAUACAGAACAUACUGGUGUUAUAGAUACAUACAAACUACUUUGGAAAAUUGCUUGGCUUCCUGCUGUCUUCCAAUAUGUCAUCAUUCUUUUAACAUGCAAGAUUGGAUAUGCAUCAGAAGCUGCAGUAGGAUUGAAGUUGAUUGCUGCAGGUGUACAUAAAGAAAGUUUGGCACUUCUCGCAAUACCAAUGACACCCUUACAAAUAUUGCUACCUCUGCUCAUCGCAAAAUACACAGCUGGACCAAAACCUUUAGAUUUAUUCAUAAAAGCUAUUCCAUUUAGAUUAUUGUUUACUGUGUUUUUCGCUGUUAUUGUAUAUUGGACUCCGUAUUUAAAACAAGAAGAUGGAACAUAUUCAUACACAUAUUUCACUUUUAUUUUACUUAUAUAUGCAGCUCAUCAGAUCGCAUUGUAUAGUAUGUUUGUUUCUACUAUGUCCUUCAAUGCAAAAAUCAGUGAUCCAAAAAUUGGAGGAACAUACAUGACAUUAUUGAAUACUGUCUCAAAUCUAGGAGGUAACUGGCCUUCUACCACUGCACUCUGGUUUGUUGAUAAUCUUACAUGGAAUUACUGUGAAGGUGGAACAUCAAAUAUAGAAUUUUGUACUACAGCCACUAAAGAGCAAUGUGAGUCACUUGGUGGAAGCUGCAUCACUCACAUCGAUGGUUAUUAUAUUGAAGCUUUUAUAUGUUUGAUUCUUGGAUUGAUAUGGUUGUGGUGGAAGCGUAAUUCAGUUGAAAAACUACAGCAUUUGUCUUCUGUUCAUUGGAAAUGUCCACCUUAAGUCUUCACAGAAAACUAUUAUUGACUCAGGUUGAAGAUAUUUCUUCUUAUGACUACACUUUGUCAUGGAUUGAUGUAGUAUUUUUUCAGCUGGCCUGUGAACCGUCCUUAUGCUUGGUGUCUUAUAUGCAGUUAAAGAGCCUUUUAUUGUUUUAUUUUUGUAGUUUGUUUUGUGCUGUUAUUCAUGUUGGUGUGUGUUUCUGCGUUCAUUGGUUGUCACAGUGUCCACUGCCUUCUGCAGCUUGGAGUGGAAGUUGUAUGAAUAUGAACAUGUUAAUAUUAAUCACUAGAAUUUAGCAGAGGAAAACAGACCGCUUUUUAUCCUUUUUUGCUACAUUCAUCCAAUUUCCUAUUUUAAAACUAUUCAUUCUCCUUCGGUAUGAGUAUAAUUAAACACAUUUUCCUAUAUGUUCUCAAUAUUUAGUGGAUCAUUAGUAGUGUACAGUGGCUGUUGUACUGUCUGUAUAGUUUAUAAUGUGUGCAUGAAAAGGUUUCUUAAUAGGACAAUCCUUUUAUGUUGUGUUUGCACCAGACAUGCAACUGUGAUACAAAUAUCUAUUGGUAAGCAAUAUAGGGUUAUCUGUUUGGUAGUGUUAUUAUUACAGCCUGUGAAUUGUUGUAAAUUGUCUGAGCAGGCUAUCGAAUGGAUUGAAUAAUAUUACUUCAGGGAAAUGUUGGCACUGAUGUUUUAUUUUCAUGGUGUGUAAUUUGAAUAUUAUAUUUAGAAUAUUUGAUGUUGCUGAAGUAAUUUGUAUUGAAAGACUAUAAAAUACAAAGAAAUUUAUUUCAUUAAUUCAUUUAUGUUCUGUUA